AUGGAUGAAUCCUCAACAACAAACCAUUCUCAAGAGCUUGAAUGGGUGGCACAUUGCUUUCCCCCACCGCCUGAAUGGAUUUUCGAGCCGGAUAUCAAAAGCGUAAAGCAGGCCAUUGAGCAAAUACGCCCCCAUCCAAUUAUCAAGCUUCUGGCCCAAGAUGGAUUCAUCAAAGUCUACAAUGUGAAAACAGAUCAACAAUGCCUCACUCUACGAGUGGCUAGGCCGACCGAACACAACUACAGAACCGUGAGCGAAGUUGCAACCAUAGAUUGGAUACGGCGCUCGGUAACCCUCCCCGCACCACGAAUCGUUGCAUACAGCACAACGCCCCAUAAUUCGACCGGUUUUGAGUGGAUUCUAAUGGAUAAAAUACCCGGGAGGCCCUUGUCCGAGUCCUGGCGAGCAAUGACAUAUCCGGCCAAAGAGACACUGGUGCGACAAUUCACCACUCACGCCUCCAUUACAUUCAGAAAUAAAUUCCAUGGCAUCGGGAACAUUUAUCCGGAGACGCCAACAUCUGGCGGUUUUACCGUCGGUCCAAUUGCGUUUACAGCUUUCUUCCUAGCUCGCCAGAUGCAAGAAACUACAAAAGGCCCCUUCUAUUCUAGCAAAGAUUGGCUUCUGACCAUCUUGCGCCUUGCGGAGAAUCCAUCUGCAAUUACCAAAUUCGCAAGGCGGUCCGACCUGCAAAACAGUGAACAACUGGAACUGGAUGGCGCAGAGUCGCGCCUGACAAUCAUCAAGAGACUUGAGUCCUUAGUGUGGCGAGAGUUUCCAGACUCCACCAGAAUUGCCGAGUCAACGAUGAUUUUUCACCAAGGUCUGAGCCUGCAUAAUAUAUUGGUGGACGGCGAUGGCACUCUUGUUGGAGUGGGGAACUGGGACUGUGCAUCUGCUUUGCCAGCCUGGAAAGCAUGCUCCUUCCCUGCAUUUUUAGAAGGUCCUUUCCGACCUGAAGCGCCUGACUUGAGUAACUAUGAGCUCGACGCCGAGUCACAUUAUUGGGAUCAUCUUCUGGAGCAUGAGCAGACAAAAUUGCGCCAGUAUUACCUUGAUGAAAUGGAACGAUUGGAGCCAGAAUGGGUAGAGAUUUUCAGAUCAUCUACUUUUAAGAGGGAUAUUUUCAUUGCCAUCAAAAGCUCCAAUGGAGAUAUUCUUGAGGACUGUAUUACAGAGUGGCUGGACGAGGUCGACAAUGGAAACCCAAUAGCACCAACUUUGAGCGAGAGGAUUGCUGACCAUGGGCUUUUUAUUAAACUUAAGAAGUCAGUAUAG